AUGCUCAUCAAACCCGACGACCUUUCUACACCAGAAAUCUGCGCCCUCCUGGCCCUCCACUUCUCCGACCUCCAAAGCAAAACACCAUCCGAAUCCUGCUAUGUCCUCGAUCUCACUGCCCUCCAACAGCCCUCUAUCUCCGUGUACUCAGCCUGGGAAGGCCAAGAAUUACUAGGAUGCGGCGCGCUUAAAGAGCUCUCGCAGACCUCUGGCGAAAUUAAGUCCAUGAGGACGGCUACGGCACAUCUUCGCAAUGGUGUUGGACGCGCUAUCGUGCAACAUAUCAUUAGCGAGGCGAAUAGGAGGGGAUAUGUUUCGUUGAGCUUGGAGACGGGGACUGAUGAGUCUUUUGCGAGGGCGAGGGAGUUUUAUGCUGGGCUUGGGUUUGAGUUUUGUGAGGCUUUUGGGGACUAUGUUCCCAGUGGGGAUAACUGUUUUAUGACCUUGAAGUUGCCUUGA